AUGCCCAUCAUCAGCAAUGCCAACCACGACUUCAGCACCUACUCGAUCAGCAGCGACGACAGCAGCCUCGACCGAUUCUUCACCGAGAUCCCGGAGACCGAGACCAUCAAGGGGGUUUACUUCCAGCGCGCCCAGCUGCUUCGUGACCCCAAGGCCUCCUAUGUCGUCGACCACACCCUGCAGGUUCUCAUCAAUGUCGGGGGCAACCGCUACACCUUCCCCUGGAGCACCUUGGAGCAGUUCCCCCAGAGUCGCCUGGGACGUCUACGUUUCUGCACCACCCCCGAGGAGAUCGCACGACUCUGCGACGACUACGACGAGACGUGCCAGGAGUACUUUUUUGACCGAAACCCGACGGCCUUCAGGGUCAUCCUCAACUUCUUGGCCGCGGGGAAACUGCGCCUCCUUCGGGAACUUUGUGCAGUGUCGCUACACGAUGAGCUCGACUACUGGGGGGUCGACCCGAGCCACAUGGAGCGCUGUUGCCGCCGCCGCAUGAACACCCGUGUGGAGGAGGUGGUCGAGCGAGAGCGCAAGGAACAGGAGUGGAGGCAGAAGAGGGUGAUGCUGAAGAAAAGCAUCACAGAGACCAAAAAGGGCUAUCACAAACUGACCUGGAUGCUGCGAGAGGUGGUGGAAAACCCUCAGUCGGGGUUAGCUGCGAAGAUGUUCGCCUGUCUCUCGGUGGUCAUGGUGCUGGUCACCGUCAUCAGCUUGUGCAUCAGCACCAUGCCAGACCUCAGAGAUGAAGAGACCAGGGGCGAGUGCUCCCAGAAGUGUCAGAGCAUGUUCGUGGUGGAGUCCAUCUGUGUGGCCUGGUUCACUCUGGAGUUUCUGCUGCGGUUCGUCAACGCUCAGAGCAAACUGGCGUUCGCCCGAGGCCCGCUCAACAUCAUCGACGCCAUCGCCAUCCUGCCGUACUACGUGUCCCUGGUCGUGGACAUCAGGGACGAGUCUCAGGAGGACGUCAUCAUGGUGGGCGCCGGCAGAGGCUACCUGGACAAACUGAGCCUGAUCCUGCGGCUGCUUCGGGCCCUGCGGAUCCUCUACGUGAUGCGGCUCGCUCGCCACUCCCUGGGCCUGCAGACGCUGGGGAUGACCAUGCAGCGCAGCAUGAGGGAGUUCGGCCUGCUGCUGCUGUUCGUCUGCGUGGCCGUGACCCUCUUCUCGCCGCUGGUCCACCUGGCGGAGAGCGAGCUGGCGCCGUUCGCCGCCACGCACCCGCAGCACAGCUUCAGCAGCAUCCCGGCCUCCUACUGGUGGGCCAUCAUCUCCAUGACAACGGUGGGAUACGGCGACAUGGUGCCGCGCAGCAUCCCGGGACAGAUCGUGGCGCUGACCAGCAUCCUGAGCGGCAUCCUCAUCAUGGCGUUCCCCGCCACGUCCAUCUUCCACACCUUCUCCCGCUCGUACCAGGAGCUGAAGCUGGAGUACGAGCAGCUGUGGAAGGAGGAGAGGGACGAGGAGAUGGCCGCCGAGUCGGAGGAGAGUUGGGCCAAAAUCAAUUUGUCACCAAACAAGUUCACGUCUGUUACCAAGGAAGAUAACGACGGGGUGAUUCCAAGCGGGAGCCAUAAACCAACAGUUCCAUCGACAGCUUUCUAA